GCCGUCGCCGUCGUCUGCAUUAAUUAAACGCGUUUUAAACAAUAAGCUAGUCAGUCCGAGCAAUUGCACAGCUUCAACUCGCACAAGCGACAGCAACAGCAAAAAGCACACACACAAACAAAAAAUGGCUGCUUCAAUGAGAGCGCUGCUGAAAGUGCGAGAUGGCUUCGCUGCCAGCGUUCGCUGCGGCUCGCAGUACAACAAGACGCGUUCUAAUCUCAAGCUGAACGGCGACUCCCGUGUCAUCUGUCAGGGAUUCACCGGCAAACAGGGCACCUUUCACAGCCAGCAGGCGCUGGAGUAUGGCACCAAGCUGGUUGGCGGCAUUUCACCCAAAAAGGGCGGCACUCAGCAUUUGGGCCUGCCGGUCUUUGCCUCCGUUGCGGAAGCGAAAAAGGCAACGGAUCCACAUGCCACGGUCAUCUAUGUGCCGCCACCAGGUGCCGCUGCUGCCAUCAUGGAGGCACUCGAUGCCGAAAUUCCGCUGAUUGUCUGCAUCACCGAGGGCGUGCCCCAGCACGAUAUGGUCAAGGUGAAGAGCGCCCUGGUUAGCCAGGACAAGUCGCGUCUGGUCGGACCCAAUUGCCCCGGCAUCAUUGCACCCGAACAGUGCAAAAUCGGCAUUAUGCCCGGCCAUAUACACAAGCGCGGCAAGAUCGGCGUUGUGUCCCGCUCGGGCACGCUCACCUAUGAGGCAGUGCAUCAGACCACCGAGGUGGGUCUGGGCCAGACGCUGUGCGUGGGCAUUGGCGGUGAUCCGUUCAAUGGCACCGAUUUCAUCGAUUGCCUGGAGGUCUUCCUCAAGGAUCCCGAUACCAAGGGCAUCAUACUGAUUGGCGAGAUCGGCGGUGUGGCCGAGGAGAAGGCCGCCGACUACUUGACUGAGUUCAAUACGGGCAUCAAGGCCAAGCCGGUGGUGUCGUUUAUUGCUGGCAUCUCGGCGCCACCCGGUCGUCGCAUGGGUCACGCCGGCGCCAUUAUCUCUGGCGGCAAGGGCGGUGCCAACGAUAAGAUUGAGGCUCUCGAGAAGGCCGGCGUUAUUGUGACCAGAAGUCCUGCCAAAAUGGGUUACGAACUGUUCAAGGAAAUGAAGCGUCUGGAGUUAGUUUAGAGUUAAACCAAAACCAAAAUUGAACAAAAUGUGACAAAAGAAAAAGCCGAGGUACCACAAGUACGACUCAGAUGAAGAAUUAUGCAAAGCAGUAAAGAUGAUUAACUAAAUUAAGCAAAAAGUGUCUGGAGAAGCGAACACAAACAAAUAACUAAAUGAAUUAUGUCGAAAUCCUAAAUAAAUUAUUGUAUAAUUCGCCCAAA